CGCGGCCCCCACUCAGCGACGUUGGCGCGGGCGAAUGGCGGAUGGCGUGCGCCGUCGCGAGUCGCGCGACGGCCAAUCCGCGACGGCGUAGUAUCGCCGCGUCCGGGAUGUCGCUCACGGAACCAAGAUGGCAUCCGAGGACGGUGCGGGUAUCGUGUCAAACGUAGGAUGCGAUGUAAAUAAUACGAGCCAGCGAACGGACGAACCAGCCGGUGGGCAAGCAACGAGCGCGACGUCGGCCAAAACGACGUGGCGCAACGUCGUCGAGAGGACGACAGCAACUACGGCGGCAGCAGCAGCAGGUCGUGCCUGCGAUCCCGAUCCCGCACGCAGUUCGUCCAGGACGCCCACGGGUUUCCCAGCAGCGUCACCGUUUCACGCGAACACGGAAGGCCACGGAACGUCGCAGAGGGAUUCGGACCCCACGAGCUUGUCUGGUGAUGUUGGUGAACGGGUCCCGAGCGAGCCUGACAACGAGUCCCGAUCGCCGUCUCCCCAACGGCGCAGCAUGUCUCACCAGAGGACCGACCUGGACAGCGGCACCGCUUGUCUUCCGGGGGAACCAGACGGUAAUCCAGAUCACUGCAACAAUGAAAUAGUAAAAGCUACUAGGGAACCUAUUCAACAUAUAAUACAUGCUGCCUCUACGUGUAACAACGAUACAAUGUUAUCCGGGGCUAUGCACUUAUCAUUGUCCACAAAAGCAAAACUAGAAGGGUGCGUAAAUUUCUCCAACAACACACCACAGUUAGGGGAGAGCCCUCAGAGUAGCGGCGAGAUAAUCAGCAGUCCGAGGAGCCCCGACUACCCACCGAGGGUUUCCGCCAGUCCCCACAGUCCAAAUAUAACGUAUUCCAUCAGCAUGAUGUCGGCUAUCGCGAGCACUACAGCUAUAAUGGACACGGCGAAAUACAGCGAAGAAGGUGCUGACAACGUGGACAUGCGCAUAGACAAGAUGAACGAGUACUCAUUUUGCUCGACGCAGGAAAAGACCGAUGAGCUGCAAGUUGACAUCAAACAGAUAGAAUCAACGAGCGAACAGCAAGAAGCUUCUUCUGUUAGAGAGACAGAGCUUGCUGAGGGAGAAUCGAAAGUGGAGGACGUAGAGAUUAAGAAAGAACCUAUGGAAUCGCAGGAAGAUUUGCAGACGAUCAAAUCCGAGUCGAUAGCUAAUGCUUCAGCAACAUUAUCGUCGAACAGAACGGAGGCCGGCGCGUCUCAAGAGAAACUCGCGGAUCCCGAUAACACACCUUCCAGUUCACUCCAGCUCACCAGUUCACACUCGAAGACAUGCUCGUCCUCGAGCAAGAAACGUUCCAAGGAGCACAGCGAGCGACGACAUUGCUCGCGCUGUGAGAGACGCAGGAAUAUCAAGAGAGCCAGCAUCGGUGUGCAGUGCAAGCGCGACCGUCAUGUGUUGUCUUCAUUGAGCGGUAAACCGAUGUCCCUGCCCUUUUCCAAGUCUACCAACGAUAACCUGAGGUUAAAUUUACAAACGAAAAACUACAAGAUGCUUAACAAUCCAAUUGUGAAGAGCGAAAUACUGGAGGGCCUAAAGUACAAGAAGUUCAUUCACAUAGAAACCUACCCGAACGGAGGUGCAACAGUAGUACACAUGUACCAAGAUGAGAUUGACAGCCUGUCGCAAGAACAAACGGAAGAACUGGCACAGGAGUACUUCAAGGUGGUUUUCGGUGAGGACGAAAAUGGGAAUGCUCAUCACGUCAUGGGCAUAGUGCACAAUGCGGCUGCAUAUCUACCUGAUCUUUUGGACUACAUGGCGAAUACAUACCCCACAUUGACUGUGAAAAACGGCGUGUUGGGUAGAAGCAGCGACAUAGAGACGACGACUAUGGUUCAGUAUAAAGAUCAAGUUUGUAAAGCUUACAACAACGGCACCGUCCGUUACGGUCCACUGCACCAAAUCAGCCUUGUGGGCACCGUUCAUGAAGAAGUCGGCGGAUAUUUCCCGGACCUACUGCAAAAGUUGGAAGAAAAUCCGUUCCUGAAAAUGACGAUGCCCUGGGGUCCUCUCUCUGUUGUGAAAAUGGACACGCCGCAAGAGUCGAACGACGGUCCCAUCCUGUGGAUCCGACCAGGCGAGCAACUGGUGCCGACAGCCGACAUAAACAAAAGCCCAUACAAGCGACGCAGGACCGGCAUCAACGAGCUGAGAAAUUUGCAAUAUCUGCCGCGACUCAGCGAGGCUCGAGAGUACAUGUUCGAGGAUCGCACGAAGGCGCACGCGGAUCACGUCGGCCACGGGUUGGAUAGAAUGACCACGGCCGCGGUCGGCGUGCUGAAAGCUGUCCACGGCGGCCAACCGUCCGAAUACAACAGGAUCACGAAAGACGUGGUGGCGUUCUACGCAGGAGACUUUACCGAGCUCGUCGAGAAGUUGCAGCUGGACCUUCACGAGCCGCCCAUAUCGCAAUGUGUACAGUGGGUAGAGGACGCCAAACUGAAUCAGCUGCGCCGACAGGGUGUCCGUUAUGCCAAGAUCAAUCUCUACGACAAUGACAUUUAUUUUCUACCGCGCAACAUCAUCCACCAGUUCAGAACGGUCUCGGCCGUUUCAAGCAUCGCUUGGCACAUCCGACUGAAGCAGUAUUAUCCGGAGUCGCAGCACAGCACGAGUAUCAGACACACUCGCGUCGUGAACGAGUCCGCUCAUCGCAUUAAGGAGAAAAAACCGCUAGAGGCAGUCGGUAUAGGAGAUGAGCAGAAGGAGAAUACGAAUCGACAGCGUCUGGAGCAGAAACUGUCGAUCGACUCCCUCGAGGAGAAGAAAGCGAAGGAGAGAGCGGCUGAAUAUCAGGGUAAUUUGAAGAAAUCUGAUCAGCAUGGGAAGCAUCGGAAAAGUCAACAUCACUCUAGACAUUCGUCACUCAAACGAAAGGACAAAGAGGAGACUAACGACAAUCCAUCGGAUCCGUUCGGCAAUACCAAGUCGUCCAAGAGCAGCUCGAAUGUACAAAAACAGAGCGGCGAUAAGAACAGGGACGAGAAGAGAUCGGAGAAGCGGCAUAAGGAUCGCCAUCGCAACGACGACAAGUCGAGCAGUAGUCAUCAUAGUUGCAGUUCCUGCAAGAAGAAAAAAUACAGCAGCAGCGGUCACAAACUGGAACAUUGCAGUCACCACGGCAGAUCCAACAGCAACAGCAUAUCAAGCAAGGAGAGUAUUCCCGACGUGAUGCAAGCCAGAGUGAUUCCAAGCAGCUUCAGUAGUAGCUCGUCUUCCAUGAAAGAGACCAAGAGACGACUCAGCGGCUCGGAAUUGUCCCCACCGGUCGACAUGUCCGAGGCCGACUUGGUCGUUCCCGAAGAAGAGGUACUGACGCAACGGCAGGCCAUCGCCAAGACGUACGCCACCGAGGUGGUGGACAAAGCGCUGGAGAUAGCUAUCUACAAGUCAAAGACCGACGUCGAGGAAGUGUGCCAGUCGCUGCGCACCGGUGUCUCCGAGGCGUCGAAAGAAGUCCUGGAGAGAAUCCACAAGGAGAGCUACGAGAUCGCCGAGCAGAGGUUCAAGGACGACACUGCCAAGCUGGAGAGGUACUGUCACUUGUUGGAGUUAGAAACGGUACUGGCGUUCACAUUAAAGAUGGAAUGCGCGACGGAAAACGCGGUAAAAGCGUUAAUCGAGACCGCGGAGGACGAGGCGAAGGAGAGAGCGAAGAACGAAGAGAAGACCGAAUUCUCAGCCGCCAGCGGUAACUCCACCUGCACCGAGAUCUCGACCACAACGUCAUCGAACACCGGUGUUCUCUCGUAUUCGUCAUCGAUGACAUCCACGUCGCCGGUUUCUACGGAAAACGAGAGACACAGCAGGAACGGCAGUAGCGACGACAACUCGAUCAAGUCGUCCGAGUGUCAUGGCGCGUCGCACUCCAAGUCCAAAAGUAAGUACCGGGAUGAGAAAGACUCCCGUGAGAGGAGACAUGAGAAGAGAAGGGACCGCGAGAGACGGGAGCACGAUCGACAUCGUCACAGCAGUUCCCAGCAGAAGUCCGAGUCGAAGACCGGCGACGCUGGCGAGCACGAUGCGCUGAAGAUCCCCGGAUUGUCGCACACUUGUCCACUCUUGUCCGCCGGGAAACCCGAGCGGUCAGACUCCAAGGACGGCGAUGAGAGACUGGACGAAAGGAGGAAGACUCAUUACAGUCAUCACUACAGUCACAGACAUGGGAAAGAGAGGUCGUCCGGCAGUCGCGCCGACAAGGACAGCCACGUGGCGUCGAGUCGCUCGCACUCGUCGAGCUCGAACCACAAGAGGAAGUCCAAGUCUUCCGAUGGGCACAAGGAGGCGAAGAGACCGCGUUUAGAGGUAGACUCGUCCACGCGAAGCUCCGAGUCGAAUGUGUCGAGCAGCGUGGUGAGUUCAACUACGACGGUGGCAACGGCGACAGCGGUGACCACGACAAUGACGACGACGACGACGACGACGACGGCGGCGGCGGCGGCAGCGGCAGCGGUGAUGGCGACAUCGACGAUGACGGUGACAACGGCGGCGACGACGAUGACGCAAGAGUCGCCGACGAACACUGUUAUAUCGAGCACGUGAAAAGGUGACGACUGUUCUCGACAACUGUAGUACAAUCCGCUUGUUAGGGACGCGAAAUCACGACGCGGCGGAACCGCCGGUUUCCUCGGGAGCAUCGUAACGCGAAGCUCUGACUGAGAGAGCUUCGCUUGCGCGAGCGUACGUGAGUUGGACAGUGAGCGACGAAGGAGAGGAACGAGAUGGGAGAACCACGGUGAAGCCGGUUUUGUGAGUACCCGAUAUAUGCGGAAGACAUUGUACUUUUACCAAAGUAGAGAGGUCGCCGUGUUUUCAAAGACGAGAUUCCAAAGACGAGAUAGAAGAGAGGACUUGACCGAUCGAGAAUUUGCUACUUCAUCCUUUUCCUCGUGAUGACAUAAGUACGUACAUACAUACAUACAUACACACAUGCACACGUUACAUACUUCUGCAUUUACAUGUACACUCACGCAACACACAUCACGCGCGCACACAUUGCCUUAGUCUCAAAACAGAGAAAUUUACAAUACGAGAGAGAGAGAGAGAGAGAGAGAGAGAGAGAGAGAGAGAGAGAGAGAGAGAGAGAGAGAAAUAGUGUUACUCAUAUUACAUGAAUAAUACUCACUAAUAUUAUUCACCGAAACAUAUGCUGGCUUUUGAAACGGCUUGGGCGGAUUUCUUUGAAUGAUUUUCAAUGAGCGCAACCGACAAUCCGAUGGGAGAACUUGGUACGGAAAAAUUCACGUAAAUUCGGUUCUUUUAUUAGAUGUCUGCUUGCAUCCGAAUUGCAUUCGAGAAGAAAAACUGUCGAAACCAUUUCGAAAGCCAAUGUAUACACACACACACACACACACACACACACACACAUACACAAGACAAAAUACAAGGGCAAACACAACAUCUACCGAUAACAGGAUCGCAAAAAUUAUUUUGCUACGAAAGAACUCCGGGCGUCUCGUACAUUGCUGAGAAUUAAAAGUAAAACUAAUAUUUAUAGUUAUAAGCGACCAAUGUUGAGAGGUGUACAAAAGGGAAUUUGUACAAAUUUAUGAUCGAGAAAUUGAUCCCCCUCCUCUCCCACAGCCCCCCUCCCUCCCCCCGAUUAGCACGACACGUAGUGUGCUACACAUACUUGUACAUAAGUUAAAAAAGAAAAAAAAGCAUCUUCCGUUCAGAGGAUCAUUUUCAUCGCGCGAAGCUCGCUUAAGUUAUUUGUGUAUAAGCUAAUAAUGCGUAGUAAAUUAUUUAUGAAUUCAUUGGUCCAUCCCGCGCUACGUAUAAAAAACGAAAAAAAGAAUAAACAAACGCGGAAAACUUCAACGCACCUUAUAUCCGCGAAAGGUCGAUCGCGAUUUCUCCCAGUCAAUGUGGCCGUACUCAUGCUCGUUUCGCGAUUCUCAAUAGCACACAACAGUAGAUUGUUAUUUUUCUCACCUUUCGCGACUAUUUUUGUAACUGUUUCUUAUUUUUGUUUUCAUCGACACGCAUCGGCCGAGUAUUUAUAUCUUAGAUACGCUGAAUGUCUCGAUAGACGAUAGGAGUGAGACAUCCUAUUACACAUGACACACCACACACACACACACACACACACACACACACACACACACACACAUGUCUAUACACGUGUAAAAUGUGACGAUUGAAGUCACAUUAGCAUAGAGCCGGAGAGGACAGAUUUUUUGAACGCCGUUUUACGUUUGAUACAUGCAUCGCAAAACUGUCGCGGUGGGUUACUUGACUUGACUUGAUAUCAAUAUCUUAUACCUUGAGAGUUCUUAUAGUAAAAUAGUAUAACUAUAAAAAGACAUUCUCCACUUCCCUCGUUCGAGUCGCUAGUUGUGGUGGGUUU